CUCAAAAAAUGGCUGAUCAAGCUCCCCUGCUAGAGAAGAAACCAUCAUCCAUUGAUGACAUUAUUGAGAACUGCAUCGGCUCUACAGGCCUGUUCUGUCAACUGUUUCAGGCGAUUCUUGUUGCGAUGGCGUGGUUUUUCGACGCACAGCAAACCUUCAUCAGCGCAUUCACUGAUGCAGAUCCCUCGUGGCACUGCAUCAACAAGACCGAUUGGUCGUGCACGUCAGCUGUUAGCCCGUGCAGCUUGCCUGAAGGCUCGUGGUCGUGGGACCAGCCUAAGCACGCAUCUGUCAUCUCCGAAUGGAGCCUCCAGUGCUCUCCGCCUGCGCUUGUGGGUCUGCCUGCAUCCUCAUUCUUUAUGGGAUGUCUCGUCGGCGGUCUUUCCCUUGCAACGCUGGCUGAUUCUCGACUAGGUCGAAAGAAAAUGCUUGUUUUUACUUGUUUUACUGUGAGUAUAACUGCUGGUUUGGCUGCGGUAUCGCCUAAUGUAUGGGUCUAUUCGGCGCUCCGGUUCAUCUGUGGGAUAGGACGUGCGACUGUCGGUACGAGCGCUCUCGUGUUGUCCACGGAAUUGGUCGGUAAAAGAUGGCGUGAUCGGGUUAGUGUAAUCGGAUUCGUUCUUUUCACUUCUGGAUUCUUGUCUCUCCCUGCUAUCGCUUAUUUCAACAGAGGAUCUUCGUGGAGAAACAUAUAUCUCUGGACUUCCAUCCCUUCUUUCUGCUACAUCAUUCUUAUAUGCUUCCUGGUAAAUGAAUCUCCGAGAUGGCUCUUCGUUCGUGGACGAAAAAAUGAAGCUAUCGACACCCUAAAAAGUAUCGCAAAAUCUAACGGAUAUUUUAUCAAUACUAGCUUCUCAAAUCUACAUAUCGCUGAAGAAAAAUGGAAUGUAGAUCUGUACUCAGCAUUGAGGAUACUAUACCAAAAGAAAUGGGCAUUCAAGCGGCUAACCACGGUCAUGAUAGUAGGCUUCGGAGUCGGGAUGGUAUACUACGGUAUGCCUCUGAACCUAGCCAAUCUAGGCUCCAAUCUCUACUUGAGCGUCACAAUAAACGCAUUAGUCGAACUUCCUUCAACGUUGAUCGCCUUAUUCCUCAUUGAUCGAAUCAGUCGAAUCCAUUCAAUAUUAAUCUUAACCGCGAUAAGCGGCAUAACCAGUAUCGCGUGUGUGCUGUUGGCCGCCGGCGGAUGGAAAAUGGCAAUGGAGGUAGUCUCAUACUUCAGCGCGUGCACGGCGUUUACCCUGCUGCUUAUCUAUAGCAUCGAGCUGUUCCCGACUAGUGUGAGGAACUCUGCGAUCUCAAUGGUGAGGCAGGCGCUCGUGUUUGGUGGAGUUUUUGCGCCGUUGCUGGUGGCGGAAGGGAGGAAACGGAGGUUCUUAUCAUUCGGAGUGUUUGGAUUGGUGAUCGCAUGUUGCGGGAUGUUUGUCUCUAGUUUGCCGGAGACAAGGGGGAGGGGGUUAACGGAUACGAUGGAGGAAGAAGAGUGCAAGGAGAUUGCUUCGUCGAGUUAUAUGAAUCCGUAAGUUGUCAGACUAUUGAGUCUCUUCAGCGAUCGUCUUAUUAAUCAAACAAACCUGAAAUUGGAUGAUAAAUGUAGUAUUGAUCACAUUAGAAAUGAAUUAUAAGCGAUUGUAUUGGUUAUGAAGCGCUAUGUCACGUUACAGGGAUUGCAGUACCAUACAGAUAUGCGUAGUCGUGCGCGAAAAAGGAUCCCAGGAUAUAUAUAUAUAUAUAUAUAGCUUU